UUUUAUGUGAGCUACACAACGAUUUCUAUUUUGAUAUAUGUUGACUUUUUUUCAAAACCAUGGUCACAAUCAUAUAUUAAUGAGUCAUGCUCCUAUUGGACAAUUACUAGGGGUCGUAUGGUUUUGGUGAUUGUGUGGUUGAGAUAGUUACAAUGUGUGCACUAUCCACAAUGCAACGUUUUUCUCUCUCUCGCUCUUUUUUUUUUUUUUUUUUUUUGAAUUUUCACCACAAACAAUACAUGCAUUGUUUGCUUGAUGAGAUGCAAACUAUCACUCGAAAUGAGUAAUAGUUAAAUCUCAAGUUUUUGGUGAGAUUGAGAUUGUUGUGUUUUUUUCUUCUAACUAUGUCCCUACCUUUCCUAUGUCUGUUGCUUUUUAAUAUUAAAAACAAGAGUAAAUACAAUUUAAUAAUCAAACCUUUCAUUUUAAACAAUAUAAUAGCCAAACCUUUUCGAAAACAAUUUAAUCUCCGAUUACUAUCCGCACACUCAACGGUUAGUUGACUCUGAAGUGGAAACUCGGCAAAAUGACGUGGCAAACAAUCACUUUUUUAAUAUUAUAACACAAUGCUAUUCUUUAAAUAAAUAAAUAAAUAAAAGAUAAAUUCCUAGCUCUACCCCGUCAAUUUGGGAUAUGUCCCCCCGCCGCCUCCUCCUUACUUCACCAACGUCGGUGAGUUCCUACUGUUGCUGCUUCUUGGUCCUCUAAUAUCAGUCGUCGCAGCCCGCAGGUCAUGCCUUUCCCCAAUGCGCCUCCUCUUCACCCCUCUCUACGCCGGCAGCAUCCACGGCGGGAAACCUUGAGCUUUCAAUUCUGCCCCACACCGACCCGUCUUCUUCCUCCUUUGAUCGGUGACGACUAUGAAAAACCUCGCCCUAUUCUUUAUUCAGAGCAUAUCCCUAAUACCUCCUCCCAAAAGCAGUUUGCCACUUUAGAUUCCGCUCGUCCAUCGAGCGCAGCUCAUGCGGCUGGUAGUCGUCGCCAACCCAGAUCUAAAUCUGCAGAAUCUGAUUCCCUACAGUAGUCGUCUCUAUGACUACACCCACAAGGGAGAUGAGGAUCCAGCUCAUGUGGCAGAGAGACAACAACAGAUUGGGGAAAGUUUCCCAAGCCAAGAUAAAUGAUUCAGACAUAAAAGAGAGGGUCUAGAGAUCAGAAAAACGAAGCGGAGAAAGAGGGAGCGAGCAAAAGGACGAUUUGGUUUCUGAAUCGGCAGCGAUAGGAACUGGGUUGGGGCUCAAUCUGCAUCAUCAUCUCCGUUGCCGAUCCCGAUCAAAAAUCGUCAUCAUCGGUUAGGGUUGGAGGCCCUUCUUCUUCAUCUUCGACCUUGGCUACUGAAUCUCCAAAUUCGCCGCCAUCUGCUAGUGGAAGGGAUUGCGUCGAGGAAAUCAAAUUCGUCACCACGUAGCCGCAGUAGCAAGAUGAUGAGGCGGAGACGGAGGUGGGGUUGUCUUCUGUUGCCACAAAGGCGUUUCCCCGAUUGAGAGAGGGUAGGGGAAGAGAAGAAGAUACAAGAUAAUAUAUUUUUUUAACUUUUCCACAAGAAUAUAAGACUUAGUUGAAAUUUAUAAUUAUCUAAUCAAAUGUUUGAUUUUGUGCCACAUCAUCAAAUUUGUUCCACCUCAGCAAUGAUUUUGCUAAAUCAAAGUCAACUAAUCGUUGACCGGAUGGAAAGUUAACGGAUUGACUAUUAAAUUGUUUUCGAAAAGGUUUGGCUUUUAUAUUGUUUAAAGCGAAAGGUUUGGCUAUUAAAUUGUAUUUACCUAAAAACAAAGGGUAAAAGUGACAUUUCACCCAAAAAGUAUUAUAACUUAUUUAAAUAAUACACUGCGGGCAUUCUAUUCACUCAGUCUACGGAGAGAAACAUAGAGAAGGGGAAAAUAGAGUGAGGGACAGAAUUUGACCGAAAAAACCCAAAAGACAAUAACUAAAGACGAAAAAUUUGAUGUUGGGUCGGUUUGGGUUAUUCGGGUUUUAGAAUCCAUAACCAACCCAAAUAAUGGUCUUCAUUAGGGAUGGCAAUUUGAACCCGCUUCGUCGGGUAUUACCCGACCUGACCCGCGAUGGGGCGGGACAUGGGUAUCAACUUCCAACCCGCCCUGCCCCGUCCCGCCCCGUUCUUAACCCGGUCUAGGUUAAUUUCUUACGCCGUCCAUUCAUAUAUCUCCUGUUUUGGGCUUUUCUUCAACUAAUUAGACUUUAUCUUUCAACUAGAUAGAAUCAAUUACCCAUUACAUUAUCAUGAUUAUUCAUUCGUGAAGUCUUUUUCCCUUCCUGUUAUCGUAAAAAGUAAAAUUUUGCGUGUAUUUUUUUCAUAUAGCAUGUAAGAGUGAGUCGACCCGCCCCACCCCGCACUCGCGCGGGUAUUACCCGCCCCGACCCAUAAUAGCGUAGGGCGGGACAUGGAUAUUAAGGUACCCGCCCGCCCCAAUCCAUUGUCAUCACUAGUCUUCAUUCUAGCACCCUCGCCCAUGACCCACCCAUUUGAUUUGAAUUUUCCAAUGUUGUCAGAACCGAACUGGAGCAUGACCCGGUAAUGCGAACGGCUCGCACUUUAGUGGUCCAACCGACAUUAGACCGUUUAAAAACCGUUAGAGAACCGAUACCUGAUAAAUGUUAUCAGUAUAAAUAGUGGACAUUUCUUAAUCAGAGCUCGUCUCUUUCCUUCAAAUUUGUGAAACGGAUGUAAGGAUUCAGUUUGAGAGCCCGACGUUUUUGGUUUAUAUCAAUUUUCAAUUUUCUGCAAUUUUUUUAAUUAAAUUUAAUGGCUGAAUGGCAAAAACCAAACGAGCGGCUUGAUCGGCUCGAGCGGUUAACCGCCUCGGCCGCUCGUCAACCGCUACAUAAAUGAUAAAACCGGAGCGGCUUUUAGACUGUUUCGAGCCGGUUUUCUAACCGGGUGGCGGUUUUAUCGAUCGGACCGUGCGGCUCGGCUUUAAUAACACUGAAAUUUUCUCACCUUCCAGGUUGGUUUGGGCCGGAUGGCAUGGGGGGUCGGGUUUCGGUUCACUUUGUUCACCCCUAGUCCCUAGAUAUGCACUCAUUUUGAUCAUCGAUGGACGAACCAACGAGACUAGUGAUACCAAUUAGGGAUGGCAACCAAACCCGAACCCACGGGUACCCACCCGACCCAACCCGGUCAACGCGAGUAAAAUCCGUGUUGACGGGUUUUGGGUCGGGUUUGGGUUUAAACCCGUUCACUAUUCACCGGGUUGGAUUGGGUUUGGGUUUUGGUAAACCCGACCCGUGGGUACCCGCCCACACAUAUAAUUAAUUUUCUCGGUAUAUUUAAUAUUUUAAACAACUAAUCUUAUUUAUGUUUGUGGAGACAUGUCAAAUUUUUUCUUUCUAAGUGUGUAGAAUGAAGUUUGUGUUAUCGAGUGGAGAGUGGAGAAACUUAAUUGAAAGGAAGAAGUCUUCAAUUAAUCAUGUUAUUUAUGGAUAAUUUAUUAUUUACUUCAAUUUUCUUGAGUCUUCUAGAUUGGUGCUGAACAAUUUGUAUAGUUAAUUUGUGAUUUGCUUGAAUUUUCUAGAAUGGUGUUUUAAAUAUGGAUAAUUUGUAUUGAGAGAUUGAUAUUUGACUUUAAUUUUGAUAGGAACUUGUUAUUGUAAAUUUUUUACCACAAAAACCCGUGGGUACCCAUGAACCCGCGGAUACCCAGCAGGUUGGGUUGGGUUUGAGUUUUUCAAACCCAGUGGAUUUUACCCCGGAUUUUUUUCACGGAUAAACCCAUGGGUUCGGGUUUGAGUUUGGCAAAACCCGACCCAACCCGACCCAUUGCCAUCCCUAAUACCAAUUCAUGUAGUUGGGCCUUCUUAACAUGAGCCCAGCUCAUAGCAUAUCCUAAACAUUGCUGCCGCCUGCCAGAAGGUUCUCCUAACGGCGUACGAGGAACGGAAGAAGUCUACUCCUCCAUCUCAGAUACCGGAGUUCACUUGACGGCGACGAAAAUGUCGACGCUCCUUCGUCACGUACGCUAUCGUCGACCAAACAUCAAUCUCCUAUCUCUCUCUGUCUCUGUCUCCAGAUUGUCUUCAAUAGCCGUGCCUUCGCGUUUCAUUCACUCUCCCGUUUUCCCGCCGUCGUCAGCGCAUCCGCCGCCGCCGACCAUCACGCAGCAUUUCAUCAGGGCGUUCGGUUCCGACUGCUGCGGCGGCCACCACUCGAAGACGACCGUCAACACCAAGGUCAACUUCUCCCCACCCGGUUCCGAUUCGGAUUCAGACUCCGACGAGGCGGCCGACCAUCAGAAGAAGAACUACACGUCACCGUCGAACCGGGGAGAAAUCGACAAGAGCAAGCUCCCUCCGCCGUACGACCCGUUCAACAAGAGGCCCGCGGCGGUCGAGGACCCGGAAGACCCGAAGGACCUGCAGAAGAUCUUCCACAAGAUGCGGAGCGAAGAUGGGCUGUUCAACAAUGCAGUCAAGAUGUUCGACGAAUUGUCCAAGGACGGGCUGACGCACGAAGCCUUGGAACUCUUCUCCCAGAUCAAGGACAAGGGCCAAAUGCCCGACGUGGUAGCUCAUACCGCCGUCAUCGAGGCCUACGCCAACGCCGGCCAGUCCAAGGAAGCCCUGAAGGUGUUCCUGCGGAUGCUCAACUGCGGAGUUGCUCCCAAUGCCUAUACUUAUGCAGUCCUGAUCAAGGGCUUGGCCGCCAGUGGGCGAAUCGAGGAUGCGAAGAAGUAUGUGGUGGAGAUGAUGGGGAAAGGGAUGCGACCAAAUGCUGGGACUUACUGUGCAGUGUUCGAGGCUCUGGCGAGAGAGCAGAGAGUGGAAGAAGGCAGGGAGCUUUUGGAGCAGAUGAAGGCCAAAGGGUUCUCACCGGACGAAAAGGCGGUGAGGGAAGUUAUUGGGAGCAAAAGGGGUGCUGUUUUCAGAACUGUUAUCAAUCUUCUCUUUGGGAAGUAGUGGCUAAUGGCUAAGGUAAGUUUGUAAGCUUUCACUUUUGGUAGUAGCUAAUAGUGAAUGAAAAAUCCCUCCUUUGUGAACCGAGAUCAGAAGUUUGAGUAAUAGAAGGUUUUGUUAUUG